AUGGCUUUGCCGUCUUUGUUUUGCCUUGUUCCUCUUAUGCUUUUACCAUUCACAUGUUCUUCAUCUUCUUCUUCCCCCAUCCAUGCCUUAUCUAAAGGAUCAUCAAUCUCUGUUGACCACAAAGAUGUUAAUCUGGUUUCCCCAAAUGGCCUCUUCACUGCUGGUUUUCACCAAGUUGGUAUCAACGCUUAUUGCUUCUCGAUUUGGUUCACRGAGCCGCUGGCGCAAAACAAGAACMCGACCGUAGUUUGGAUGGCAAAUCGAGACGUACCGGUGAACGGAAAACGUWCCAAACUUUCCCUUCUGGAAAACGGUAAUCUUGUUUUACGAGAUGCUGAUCAGUCCGUUGUUUGGUCMACCGAGACAAAAGCCACCACUGGUGUACCCACUUUGCAACUUCAAAAUAAUGGUAAUCUUGUUCUUCAUCAAAUUAAUGGAGAUCCACACAUACUUUGGCAAAGUUUUGAUUACCCCACAGACACCCUUUUACCAGAUCAACCAUUCACCAGAAACUCACAGCUGGUUUCUUCAAGAAGUGCAACGAAUUUCUCUUCUGGGUUCUUUAGGCUCUAUUUUGACAACAACAACGUUCUGAGCCUUCUUUACAACGGUCCAGAAAUCACGAGUGUUUACUGGCCAAGUWCUUAUCUGAAAACCUGGGAGGCGGGGAGAUCCACUUACAAUAACAGUAAAAUUGCCAGACUCGAUUCUAAUGGCCAGUUCAACUCAUCUGAUGAAUUUGGUUUCUUUGUUUCGGAUUUUGGCAUCAGACGCCAAAGACUGAUGAAGGUUGAUGUUGAUGGUAAUAUCAGAGUUUAUAGUCUUGUUGAUAAGAAAGAGAAAAAGAAUUGGGAGGUUCAGUGGCAAGCUUUUUCUACGCCAUGCAAGAUUCAUGGCGUUUGUGGGCCUAACAGUGUUUGUGUUCACUCUCAAGAAACUGGCCGGAAAUGUGCCUGUGUGCAUGGAUAUAGGCAAAAGAAUCUCACUGAUUGGAGCUAUGGUUGCGAACCCGAAUUCGAACCUUGCCAACAAGGUGAAAAACAUUUCGUUGAGCUUCGUUUUGUGGAGUUUUAUGGUUACGAUAUCGGGUAUCUAAGAAACAGCACGCUUGAAGCCUGCAAAAAUGGUUGCUUGACAGAUUGCAAUUGCAAAGGGUUUCAAUUCAAAUUCAAUGAUGGGAUCUAUGAUUGCUACCUGAAGAAUCUUUUAUACAAUGGAUAUCAGUUGGGUUUCGAGCAUUCCAUGUAUAUUAAAAUACCAAAACAUUUGUCAUCAUCUUUCCAUACAGGAUUCAUCCAUGGAUCCAUCUCUAGUUGUCCAGAUCAUCUUAUCACACCGAUUCAAAGAUCUUAUCAGGGAAAACACCACGGGGAGUCGAUAAAACUUUUGUUAUGGUUUGCGGGAGCAUUUGGAGUUCUUGAGAUCUUCUUCAUACACCUUUUCUUGUAUAGCACAUGGAAAGACUCCACUACAACUGCACAAAGUUACUUUCCAAUAGCAUCAGGGUUCAAAAGGUUCACAUAUGCUGAGCUGAAGAAGGCAACCCACAAUUUCAGCAAAGAGAUAGGGAGAGGUGGUGCMGGUGUGGUGUAUAAAGGCGAAUUAUCCGAUGAAAGGACUGCCGCAAUAAAGAUGCUCAAAGAGGCUACUCACCAGGGAGAAGCUGAGUUUCAAGCAGAAAUAAGCACAAUUGGGAGGCUCAAUCACAUGAAUCUUAUAGAAACAUGGGGGUAUUGUGUUGAAGGAAAGCAUAGGCUUGUGGUUUACGAGUAUAUGGAGAAUGGAUCGUUGGCUAAAAGCUUGCUUUCCGAUAAACUUAACUGGGAAAAGAAGCUAGAWAUAGCAAUUGGUACUGCCAAAGGGCUGGCUUAUUUACACGAAGAGUGUCUGGAAUGGGUUCUGCACUGUGAUGUCAAACCCCAUAACAUUUUGUUGGAUGCUGAUUACAAUCCAAAAGUGGCAGAUUUCGGGCUUUCGAAGCUUUUUGAUAGAGRUUCGACCGAGAAUUCAAGCUUUUCCAGGAUUCGUGGGACACGCGGUUAUAUGGCUCCAGAAUGGGUGUUUAAUCUUCCGAUCACCUCAAAAGUUGAUGUCUAUAGUUACGGGGUGGUGAUACUGGAGAUGAUCACUGGAAAGAGCCCACUAGAAAUGCAGCAAACAAGUGGAAAUGAUAGCGGGAGGGACCAAACAUUGGUCGAGUGGGUUAGAGGGAAGAUUCAUGGUAAUAAUGAAAGCGGAAAUAGAGCAUGGAUCGUGGAAAUUGUGGACAGUAGCACGAGUGGCGAAUACAAGACGCAGACGAUGGAAAAUCUUGUGAAAGUUGCUUUACAAUGUUCCGAGGAAGAUAAAGAUGCUAGACCUUCAAUGAGCCAAGUGGUAAAUAUGCUUCUYCAUCCGGAUUGAUGAUUUCUGAAACUUCUAUUAGUGGUGUAACAAGGUAUAUAUAUCCAUUAUG